AUGGAGAGCAGUAAGUCUGAUGGCACCCUGAAAAGAAUACCAUGCCACUUCACUGCCACAUCCACGACCACGCCAGGGAAUCAUACCAGACUGUCUCUGAGAGAACCUUUCCAUGUCUCCUUCCACCUAGACGGUGCUUACUGGGACCGGGCCUACUACAGGGGCUGCUCGGGAAGAUUCGCCUGCUUUCCUCUGCCGGGACAGCUCGGAGUGUUAGAUUGUGCCUUCGAACCAGCCUUCAUCCAAAAGCGGAACGAGCGGGAAAGGCAAAGAGUGCGCUGCGUGAACGAGGGAUACGCUCGCCUCCGGGACCACCUGCCCCGGGAGCUGGUGGAGAAGCGCCUCAGCAAGGUGGAGACCCUCCGAGCUGCCAUCGGCUACAUCAAACAUCUCCAGAAUCUGCUCGACUCUCAUUCUUUGGGAGCUUGCAGUAAGACCAAAGACAGCCCAGCCAUGCCCAGCGCUGACCCAAGACCAGAGUGCAACAGCGAUGGAGAAUCCAAGGCCUCCCCAGCCUCUUCUCCAUACAGCGAGUGUGAGGAGGUCUGCUGCUAGGAAGCAUCAUCUUGGGGGAAGGGCGUUAUUUUCUGGACUGCUUUAAAUAUUUUCCUACCUAUUUGUCAAAAACUCAUCCGAGGAGUUUCCAUUUUGGUGGUCAAGAUAUUCGGGAGGAAAAAAGAAAUGACUGCUUCAGUGGGGGGAAAAAGGUAUUUUUGUUCUUUUGCUCUAAGGGGUUUCCCCCCUUAAACAGUUAUAUGCCAGCAACUAAAAGGGACUUUUAAAGUAGUAUCUUUUCCUGUACAUCUUUCUCUGAAAAGCAUGAGGGUAAGAAAGCAGGUACAUUCCUGUUAACUUAACAUCCUAGGAUAGUAAGGGGUGGGAGAAAAGAAUUGGAAAACAGGGUAGGAAAGAAAAAAGACAGGCUGCCAACAGAAUCCUAGAAUACAGUCAUUAUUCUAGACACUUUAAAGAAACUAACAUCUCGAAUUUCCAUCCAUAAGAGACGAUGGUAAAUUAUAGAGAGAGAUGUAUAGGUCAAUGGAUGG